AUGAAUUCAACAGCAACAACACUCUUUGCUUCGUGUCGUCAAGACAGCAAUGAUUCGCGCGCGGGGUAUUAUGUUUCAAAUUCAAAUCAUGCUUUUGCCUCCUGUCGUCAAGACGGCAAUUGGAAUCUCGUGGGGAACUCCAAUCAUGCUAUAAAUAAUGCAGUCGAGUCAGGUGAAAUGCAUAAUCACGUGAUAAGCUCCGCUGAGGCUUCUCGCAACAUAUUCUCUUCAUCAUAUCAUCGUCGCCACCGUUCUCGUAAACUAAAGAAAAAGUCACCGGCACCAGAGGCUUCUGAUAACGCCGUAAAUUUUGAUGCUGACAAUGAAUCAGACGCGGCUAACCAAUCUAUCGCGAGAACUUGGGUCACAAACGCAGAUAGUGAUCAGGAGGACGAAGGCGACACCAUGAAAAAAAACCAAGGAAUUUAUUAUAUAAAACAAGAGGACGACAACGCGUUGUUACAUUCUGCAGAUCAUUAUCAAGAAGACAAAGCUCUUUUAGGUACCGCGUUUAUCUUGAUGAAUCUUAGCAUGGCUCCUACCGCUACUACCGAUCCUUAUUAUCUCCCAAAACAAGAAAUCGAAGAUCAGAAAGUGUACAGUAUAUUGAGGAGAGAAGCUUCAACAACAACGAUAAAAGAAUAUCAUGACUACAUACACGGAUCGUCACCAUUACUGGGUCAGUCGCUCUAUAAUAAUAACGCUUUAGAAGUCGAUAACGAUAUGCGUCGUGAUUUGGAGACUGAUCAUCAAACGAACCAGUCCGAAUCAUCAGAAGGAGCAGAGGAAUCAGAUCAAGAUUCAGACGUGUCUUCUAGUACUCAGAAAUGGUCUAGUCGUCUUCGACCGAGAAAUCAAAAAUGUUUGAAAGAGGUCUCCAGUGCAAGUGAAGAGGAAAGAUUUCUAAAGACCCCUCGUAAACGUAAAUAUAAUCGAAAAAUAAAAGAGCCUGAUUUCCCAUACAAUCCGAAAAAACCAUACCAAAAAACCUCAUCCUCGUUGUCGUCUUGUUUGUCGGACCAAUCAUCAUCAUCGAACGACGAAGAAGGAGGAGACUCCAACAACACCGAUCAGGCAAAACCUCAAAAGAAAAAGAAGGAAAUACUAUUACACUGGGUUCAGCCUUACCGACUACGAACAUGCACACCGAUGACGUUUCCCGAGUUGAAAUUAAUCGAUGAGUUUCUAUAUUAUUAUCGUAAUCACGUUCGAGGAUUAAAACGCAAUUGGAGCACGCUAGUGUGGGAAGAAAUUCAUGCGCUCGGAGACGGAGACGAACCAAUGAAAUUCUCGCGUCAUUUGUUUCAAGAUGUCCUUCGUCGCGAACGCUUUCCUAAAAGUCCUAGUGCGAUUAAAGCCAUUAAAAAAUGGAUAAAGUUACAAAAGCAUUAUAUUGCUGCCACUGCUGCUCAAAACGAGAAUAAUGAACAGCCUCAGCAGGAACAACAAUCAUCUGCUGAGGAGAAUAUUGAAAAAGAAAGAGGAAGAAUAACUAAAAGACGAUGA